UCAUGAACAAGGUGGACGAUCGAGUCAGAUCACCAGGAACAUCACGAUGCCUGACCGCUACUACCAUGUCACUUUCCAUCUCGCCAUCUAGCCCCGAAGAACCUGUUACGCUGGUGGAACUGACCAGCGUGCCGGGCGGACAGAAUGCGAUGGCUCAUCUCAAAAAGCGGAAACUGGAAGCAGAGUCGGUCGCGCAGAAUCCUAAACAAACGCAGCAGCCGUCGCAACAGUCGCAGCAGCAAUUGUUGAUCGGCAAGAAGGGCUUGCAGACGAGCACGUCGCAAGAGAUGGAGAUGUUGACCGAUGCCGCAACGAAGCGGAGGAGGAAAAGCAUUCGUGACGAUGACAUGCGAAAGACGAUCGAUGUCGUUGAUCCUAACAAAAAUAUACCGUUGCCUCAGAAGAAGCGCGCAUUUACAACGGGUAACUCGGGUAGUCCUGCCAGAAAAUCGAGUAAGCAUAGCGAAGAACCUGAAGACGAUGAGACUCUCAUAAGAGAAACGGAAGCCGCGUUGAAAAGUCUGUCAGGCAGCUGGCCAGGACCUAGAGGAUCUCUAUAUCAAAGAGGCAAUUCGGAUGAGGAUAGAUACGAGUCUAAUUUUGAAAAUCUUUUCGAGGAAAAGAAAGAAAAUCCUAAAUUGUCGCCCUCAUCAAUAUCAACAUCUUCGACUACGAGUAAUGACACCGGUUGUUCGUUGAAGGACGUAAUAACUCUUCGCGGACAACAGGAUCGAUCGGGUAAGUUGCAACAGCAAUUGAAUAAGCAGCAGGAUUCGAAACAACAGCAUCCAACUAAAAUUAAGAAAGAUUUGGACAAUUUAUUGAAGAUAGAAAACGAAUGCGCAAACAUUCAGUCUCAAGUCAACAACGUUAAUCAAAACGAACCGCCGAAAAUUAGACCAAUUUCCGUUCGCUCGUUGUCAAGCAAAGAGAGGAACGAGAGGAACGUGGUAGGCGCACAUAUUGACCCUCAGGGAAGGCAAUCGGACAAAUAUUCCAGAUACGAUCCACCGGACUUCAACGAAUUAGUCGAUGAUUCGUCCAACGAACUAGAAAUUGACAUGUCGGAUCCGGCCGCUGACAAGGAUGAGGGCGAUCGGGACAGAUCGAAUGACCGAGAACGGGAUCGUACAUGCAAAAACGGUCAAUCACCUCAAAAUAUUAGCAGACAGCAGCAGCAUCAACAGCUUUACACGAAUUAUCAAAGACAAUAUAACGAUACCAAUAUGAAAGUCUCAUCUACGGGAACUUCAUCAUCCUCAUCGCCACCAACGAAUCCUCCGUUUUCGGCAACAUCUGCUUUCAGGCCGCCUAACACGGACCACUCAAAAGCAUCGUGUCGUAGCUCUUCAUCGGUCCCAGUAGCUUCUUCGACGAUUCCACCAAUCGGUCCGUAUCCAGCUGCCGCCACAUUCGUGGGAUAUCCGACGCCUGGACCGACGAUGCCAACACCGCAACCUGUAGCCGGUAUCUCGCCCACAGUCGAUGACAAGCACUCACCCACAGUGUCACUCUUACAACUGAAAUCCUCGAAGGAGGAGAGUCAUCAUGUGACAACCCACGACGUAGCCACCAAUUCUGUAUCUCCCAGCAAGAGUCCUACCAGCGGUCCACCUUCCGUUACGAGUCCCGAUUCUUCAAAACAAUAUACAAUCCUUCAGCCUGCGGGAGUGGGUUCCAGAGCAGCCAGUGCUAUUCAGGAUAUCGCGAGGGAAGGAGUGGUGAGUGUUGCCGCUGUUAGCAGCUGCACCACCGCGAACAACGGUAGUGCGAGUAAUGUCAACACCGCGAAUGCAAACGGCAAUGGAGUGGUUGGUAAUAAAACUACCAACGGGAACAACGGCGCUAAUGACAGCAACAGUACUACGAAUCCUGCCGUGAAUCCUAAUGCAAACAGCAUCACCAGCAUAACCAUUACAACCGUGUCAACGACCACUACAACGUCUAGUCCGACAGUCGCUGCUGAUGUGCCUUCGGCGAACGGCCAGCAGGACAAUGUCAUGAAAAUGCCAGAGAGACCCGGCACCUUCGAUAGUGGCAGGCCGGGAAUGUCUAUGUCUCCGUCCAGUCUCGGCAGAGAGGGCAACAAGUGCCCGACCCCAGGCUGCACGGGGCAGGGUCACGUGACCGGACUCUACUCUCACCACCGCAGCCUUUCUGGAUGUCCACAGAAGGAUAAAUUAACUCCAGAGAUUCUGGCGAUGCAUGAGACCAUAUUGAAAUGCCCAACGCCUGGUUGCAACGGCCGCGGUCAUGUCAGCUCCAAUCGGAACACACAUAGGAGCCUAUCCGGAUGUCCCAUUGCCGCGGCUAAUAAGCAAGCCGCACGCGAAGCACGACAAAAGGCUCAAGUGCCGGGUAUACCACCAGAAUACAUCAGCACAAAUCUGUUACCCCCUUCAAUGGACGCAAAGAGUUAUUCGCAGUACGGUUCUGCAACGCAAGACACGAAACCCAUACUAAGUAGCUUGACCUACGAUUACUAUUCGUCAAAAAACGCUGGGAUUAAUGUGAAACCCCCGAAAACGCCGGAGGACAACAACACGUCGCGUCCCGCGAAAGUGCCCAAGACGGAGAAUAUGACUCUUAGCAGUAGUUGCUGUAACACAUUAUCUAUGAGGAAUCAAAAUACGGGCGAGUUAUUGGUCCCUAAAACGGAGGAUGCUGCGUCUUGCAGAGUGAAUUCGCCUCCGCCACCACCGCCUCCUGCAGUACGACAAACGUACGAUUCUUACAUGAGCCAAGAUUCGAAUUCCUCAUCCAUGUCAUCCAUGGACGCGAUGGGUUCGAGGCCAUCUAUAGGAGCGACAAUUCAUCAUCCCAGCCAGCAUCCGACACAUCACGUGCUGCCAAUGCAGCCUGUUGCCUAUCCGAUGCCGAUGGUGGAAGAUACCAGGAUGAGUCAUCAAAUGUCUCAAAGAUCUCCCUACGAGCCUAGUGCCAUGAUGGCCGCGGCAGCGGCUGCGGCAGCAGCCGCAACCACUACGGAAGAGCUUUAUCAUCAUAGAUCGGCCGAACACGCAAGAGCGUACAUGCAUCCUGGUGCUAGCAACAUUGCACGACCAGUAGUGACGUAUUCCAACGACAUAGCUGGCAGAGGCUACGAGAACGCGGUAGUCAGUGCAGCCAAUCAUCGACCGUAUGAUCCCGGUACCACUGCGACAUACGAGAGAUACGAUACGCAGUCUUGCACAUCUAUCCCGUCUCAGCAACAGCAGCAGCAGCAACAGCAGCAACAACAACAGCAACAGCAACAACAACAGCAGCAGCAGCAACAGCAGCAGCAGCAGCAGCAACUACAUUCAAGGGCAAAUAUGUACUAUCUAGGACAAACCGGCAUGACGCAAGAAGAGCAAGAGCGAGUCUAUCAUCAAGAAGCUGCUGCAGCUGCUCAACAACAUCAAAUGGCGAUGGCCGCUGCCACGGCAGCUGGAAUGAUAAAGACUGAAGAUGUGAAAUGCGUUACGGUCGCGCAAAUGCAGCAAAUGCAGAAACCCGGUGGACCGCCUACCUCGCCCGGGGGAUCAGUGAUGGAUUUGUCUACCUCCAGUGUUACGUCCACUAGCCCGCAGGCACCACCCUACGGUUCAAACAGCCUCAGUCCACAAUAUGGAGGAGGACAGACGGUGGGAAGUAGUCCUCAGGCUGCAGCAAGUCCCCACUUAACGGCUAGUCCUCAAGUUCCUAGUCCUCAAGGUCAGACUCUCGAUCUUAGCGUCAAUAGACUCCACAGCGGUGCACCUAGUCCGCAAUAUUCUACCGGCCAUGGAGAAGCCGUCGCGGUUGCAGUGGGUCCGGGUUUUCCAGCCCCACGACCGAUCGAAGAGCAAACGGAGCCCGUGGAUUUUUCAACGGCGAAUGAGCCGGUCAAUUUCAGUGGGGGUCCAGGGAUCAGGCCUGUACCCGGAUUUCCGCCGCCUGGAGUGCACGUCACGGCAUAUAGUCGCGAGAGCACACCCGACAGCGGGGGUUCCCACUACAUGGACGCCUACCGAGAUCCCACCGGUUAUGGACCCAUGAGUCCUCAUCCAGGGUACGGGAUGACCGGCGUUCAACCUGAAUAUCCCGGAAACACGUACACCCCUUACCCAACUGCAGGUUAUAACUGCGGUGGAACUUACCCAGGUGGUCCAGUGACUUCCGGUUAUCAGAUUCCAGCGGGUUACACCCCGGCACCAUGUUACAGCAUGCCGCCCCCGCAGCAUACGGUUGGACCUCUCGAUAAACCAUCCGGCAAGGACGAUAGUAUGAGUGUGAGGAGAUACUCGUUGAAUUUCACACCUCGGCCCACCCCUCGUGGUCGCGAUGGCAAGGAGCUGAUACAGUGCCCCACGUCGUCCUGUGAUGGCAUGGGUCAUGUCUCAGGGAACUACGCUACCCACAGAAGCCUUUCCGGGUGCCCACGAGCUGACCGCUCGCAAAUCCAGGCACAUUCCCAGGAGCUCAAGUGUCCUACCCCAGGAUGCGACGGUUCUGGACAUGUCACGGGAAAUUACUCGUCACACAGAAGUUUGUCCGGUUGUCCACGGGCCAACAAGCCAAAGAGUAAACCUCGAGAUGGUCAAGAUUCUGAACCCCUGAGAUGUCCAAUCCCAGGUUGUGACGGGUCCGGCCAUGCCACCGGCAAAUUCUUGUCGCACCGCAGUGCAUCUGGAUGUCCAAUUGCAAACAGGAAUAAGAUGCGAGUGUUGGAGUCUGGUGGUACAGUCGAGCAGCACAAGGCGGCCGUGGCUGCCGCGACAGCCAUGAAGUUCGAGGGUGUCAAUUGCCCCACACCUGGAUGCGAUGGACUCGGUCACAUAAACGGCUCCUUCCACAGCCACAGGUCUUUAUCGGGCUGCCCGAUAGCCAGUCACGCUGUGAAGAAACCGAAACCGGAGGACAAUAUGAGCAUGUACAGCAGAGGAAUCACCGGGUUGGAAGCCGGUGGUCCGGCUCACGGGGGUGCGGUAGGCACGGGUCAGGGUAACUCGAGCGGUAGCGGGACCGCCGGUGUCCAGAGCGAGGAUCUCUACACACUGGAGGCUGAAAUCACCGAACUCCAGAGAGAGAACGCCCGGGUCGAGUCACAGGUCUUGCGCUUGCGCUCGGAUAUCACCGCCAUGGAGAAUCAGCUCAAGCAGGGAGAAAAGGAAACCACAACGAUAACUCAGCGUAACAAUAAUUUAACCGAGUAUUAUCAGUCGCUGCGCGACAACAUGAUCACUCUGCUGGAGCAAGUGCGAAUACCAAACGCCCCGGGCGGACCGCAGGAGAAAAUAGGCCAUGAGAACUUCGACAGUUACCUGACGAAAUUGCAGACUCUGUGCACCGCCGACGGCUACUGCACCGAUGAGAGCAACCGGCCAAUUUACGAGACGGUGAAGACCGCCCUGCAGGACUUCACGGUCCUGCCGACACCCAUCUGAGACCAUCCUUAAAGAUCGACGAUCUGGUACUGAGCGUCGCUCUCGGAACUCGCGCGACCAAGCGAUCUGUCGACGUAUUCGUGACGCGGAUCGCAAGUCGUUCCACUCUCGUCCACUGAAUACGAGUGAACGCGGAAUGGUGCGAGAGAACGGUGCCCAGUUCCCAUGAAAAUGUGGACACGUAUAUAAGUCGACACGAGUACGUACACACGAAAAGAAACUGCGUCGAUCGUGACUGAGCACCGCGGAUCGGCCUAUCGACCUAUAGGAGAAACCCGGCUUCGUGCAUGACGCGUGUGAUUCAUCCGGAUGUUGUGAAGAAUCCAGGCGUGCGUCACACGUACAUCGCUCGCGUGAAUUUCGGACUACAUCACUUGACGACGUCAACCUUACGAUCAUUGCACGUAGUAUAUACGAUCGUCGGAAGACGAUUGUCGGUGAAAGUCGUCGUGGCCAUGCCACGGCUCGUAGGCUUAUUUAGGAAACGAUAGAUAACGGCAUCUAACCACCGCACCGGUAUGACGACUCCAUCGGGGCAAUCGAAUUAAGCUAAACGGACUAUUGUUUGCGGGGAGACGUUGGCCCCCGUAACGAUAUAUCUUUUGUACAUAAUGAUGUCUGCAUCAAUUAAGUAUCACUAGCGGCCGCUGCCGCCGCUUAUGUACAUACACAACGGGAGAAAUUGCGUUUAUAUAUUAUUCGACAGGUUGAUCAUUAAGUCGCUCCUAUAAGUCGUGUAAAAAUGAUUAAUUUACCUGUAUAUCGGAUUCUUGCCACUUGACGCUGUGUAACUGUUAUUACCGUUUAAGCGAGGUCAGCGCGCGACUUUGCGAGGACCGAAUGACGUUUCUCUGUUGAAAAUCGAA